GACGCCAAGCUCAACCGUGGGGAUCAUUCUCAGCAGACGUCAUCAGGCAAACUUCCCGCGGCAGGCCGCCGGAAUAAAGCAAGGCUGCUCUACUUAGCGUUAGCUCAGGGAACAAAGAAAAAGAAACCAAAAAAAAGAAACAAGAAGUUUGUAUAAAGAUAGGCGAAUGAAUUGUUAGAACACUUUUCUGUAAGGGUACAAGAAUUAGCACUAAAUAGGUCUUGCUAAAACAGAGUGAGCGAGUUUUAAUUCGAAACAUUAACUUUCCUGAAAAAAAUUAUUCUUUAUUUCCCCAAGACAAGUAGCAAUCAAGUACAUCAGACGAAAUGGCCCAAAUAACGAAGACACUUUACUUCGCCGUCCUGACCCUCUGGAGCGUAACACAAUGCGCCAUCCUCCCAAACCCCAUGUCAACAUCCGGGUCAGAGAUCGUUGACCUUUCUUUGCCGCCAACGUCAUCAGGAGCACUGCUCACAGCCCCAGCAUCCUCAGCUCUCACGCCAUUGGCUGCUGUUGCUGCCGCUGCAGCUGCAGCCGGCAGUUCCGGAAGUGACGACACGAUCAAGGACGUGGUGGAUGAUAUGGUCUCCAAAGCUAAUGACGCCGUCAGCGCUGUAGCAGAAGUAACCAGUGAGGCCGUGGAGAAAAUCACUGACGCCGUUAGCGAGGCAGUUUCGGGCACUUCUGACGUCAAAGAGCGAAUCAGUGACGUCAAAGAACGAAUCAGUGACGCCAAAGAGCAAAUUAGCGACGCAAAGGAAGCUGCGACGGAAGUUAUGAGCGACGCUGUUGAGAAGAUAACGGAGGCCAGCUCGGACGCCGUGGACGAUAUGUUGGACGUGGUUCAGGACGCCGCCGAAGAUGCAGAAGAGAUCCUCCAGGAUGCUAACUCCGCCCCGGAUGCUGACAUCACGCACGAGAUUCUUGACCACAUAGACGACUUUGACGAGAGCAUGGACGACUCAACGACUAGCGAUGACGACAGCGCCAGUGACAGCAGCGACGACGUGUCAUCUGUUUUGGACCUGGUCUCCGACUUCACAGACGAGAUGGGACUGGGCUCACAAAGCGACGGUGGGGACGAUAGCAACAACAGCGACGACGACAACAGCUUCAGCGAGGUGGUAGAAGAACUUCCUUCUUUCUUCGGCGGCAAUGAUAACGACGUCGACAGCUCCUCAGACGAUGACUCCUCCUCUUCGAUGAUGAGCAACGCUUUCUCAAGGGAGAACGAAAUCGAUGACAAGCUGGAGUCUAUGGUGCGCCCCUCCACCUGGUUCCAGUAUCUUCUCAAGCACGACGAGCCAGAUACCAGCAGCGAGGGCGGGAAGAGCGGGUCUGUCAGCCUGAACCGCUACCUGGGCAAGAUGAGUCGUGUGCGGGGCAUGAUGGACGUCCUGGAGGCCAGACUCGCCGGCGCCACUGCCGUCUCCUCCGUCGAUAGCUUUGGCCUGCGCCCACUGUCCUGUCGUCGGAGUGGUGGACAUCUCCCACGUCACGCCGCCCUCAACGACAUCGUGACGUGCGCGCUCGAUGCAUCCGGCCUGCACUGCAUCCUCACACCCUCCGGCCUCGACCAUAGUGAUGGCAAAAGGCCAGAUGGCCUCACGAUCUUUCCUUUCGAGGGUGGGAAUUGCCUCAUGUUGGACACCAAUUUCUCCCAUUCUUUGUCACCGCAGUCCAUCAUCUCCUCGGCCUCUGCUCCCGGAUGUAUCCCCAAGAAGGCCGAGGGAGCCAAAAUUAGAAAAUACGCAGACCUCAGAAACUGCUUUGUUGACUUUGUCCCAGUUGCCGUCGAAACAUCCGACGCUCUCGGCCCCUUCACCACUCAGUUCCUUCAGAAAGUUGGUCGUCGGUUGGCAAACGCCAUUAAGGGUGAUCGACGGGAAAUAAACGCCACAGGUGACCAACGGGAAAUGGGGUGGUUGUUCGCGAGAACCUCUCUGGCGAUUGUUAGAGGCAACGCGUUCUCAAUAUUGACAGCCCCACUGGCGCACAAGUGA